AUGAUAGGACAUAUUGGAGCUUAUGAGAGGAGUGUGAUUUAUAUAAUUCAAGAGGAAGCAAAUCUUAUUCUGUAAGUUAAGCUUAUUCAUGUGGAAGUUAUGAUCUAAUAGAUUAUAAUGUUAUUAAAAUAAUAUUUGUGA